AUGUCGGAAUCCAGGACACCAGGCGAGCGGCCUCACAUAAUACUGCUGGCAACAUGCGACACCAAGAUGGAAGAAAUCACAUUCGUGCACAACCGGCUCUCAACACUAAAUCCUGACAGCCGUCUAACACUCAUCGAUAUCGGGCGGACUGCCGUGUCCAACCCGUUGAUCACAGUCUCCCCAGACCAACUAGUACGGACCACAUCUUCAAAACCGCCUCCGGACAUGGCCUCACAGACGCGAGCCGCGUAUUCCAAGACCAUCACCUCGGCGGCGACAUCCUACAUACACGCUCAGCUUGGUAACCCCAGGACGUCGUCCCAAACUUCCGGCCAGGACGAGAACGACAGCCGCAGCCACCACCCACCGGUCCACGGCAUCAUCGGCAUAGGCGGCAGCACGGGGUCCUCGAUCGUCGCCGCCGUGAUGCGCGCCGCCGUGCCCAUCGGCGUGCCCAAGCUGCUGGUCAGCACCAUGGCCAGCGGCGACGUGGGCCACCUGGUCGGCGGCGUCGACCUGACGCUCAUGUACAGCGUGGUCGACAUUGCCGGGCUCAACUUCCUGUCCGAGCGCGUGCUGGGCAACGCGGCGGCGGCCAUGGCCGGCAUGGCGCGGGCGUACGCGUCAUCGACGACAACGACGACGGGCUCCUCGCCGUCCCAGGCAGACGGUGCACCGCGGCAGCAGCGGAAGCAGCGCAUCGCGCUGACCAUGUUCGGGGUCACGACGCCCGGGGCGGACCGGAUCCGGGCGCUGCUGACGCGGGCGCCGCACGGGGCCGAGGUGGUCGUGUUCCACGCGACGGGGGCGGGCGGGCGGGCGAUGGAGGCGCUGGUGGCGGCGGGCGAGUUCGACGCCGUGGUGGACCUGACGACGACCGAGGUGGCGGACGAGGUGGGCGGCGGCGUGCUGAGCGCGGGGCCGGACCGGCUGGCCGCCGCCGGCGCCGCCGGCCUCCCGCUCGUGCUCAGCGUCGGCGCCUGCGACAUGGUCAACUUCGGCCCGCGGCCCAGCGUCCCCGCGGCCUUGGCCCGUGAGGCCGAGGCCGGCCGGCGCACGCUGCACGAGCACAACGCCGCCGUGACGCUGCUGCGCACGAGCGCUGACGAGAGCCGGCGGGUGGCGGCUUUUAUGGUGGAAAAGCUGCGGGCCUCCCGGCGGCCCGACAGGGUCCGCGUGCUGCUGCCGACUGAGGGCAUCAGCAUGAUUUCGGGAAAGGGCGGGCCGUUUGAGGACCGCGCGGCGGACGAGGCGCUGUUCCGGGGUCUGGAGGAGGGACUUGAGGGGAGUGGGAUUCGGGUCGAGCGUCAUGCGGUUGAGAUCAAUGAUCCAGUGUUUGCAGAGAAGGUUGUGGAGGCUCUCGUAGGGCUGCAGAGUAUCUCUUGA